AUGGCAAUCGUCCGCCCGGAAUUAAUGGAGCAAGGCAAGCUUAUAAUGAGCAGAUUUGAAUACACAAUUUACGAGUUGCCAGUGCUCAGCUCAACCAUAUUAUUAACAAUCGGUGCUCUAACUACUGUUCUUCUGGCUGGACUGUGGUUAUAUUUAUCAUGUCGCUCCAAGUACAGGAACCAUGAGGACGGUGAUGAUGAAGAGCGGCAGACGCUUCUACCUUCCAAUCUGUGUUUACGAAGGACAGCGACCUAUUAUCAAUGGAACCGGUCACCACCUACCCCGUCAAAGUGCUUUGCAUCUCCUAUGCUGCAGCAUUCUAAAACCAGGAGCCUGCAGAAAAGCCAGAAUCAACUUAUUAAGAGCCGUCUCACAGAAACUUGGGAACAUCGUCGGUCUGCUUUACUGAAAAAGUACGCUGCUGUUACAGGAUCCGAUGAUGCAGAGGGUGACAAGAAGGCGAUGUUUCAGGCAUAA